AUGCCAGGCAACACAAGCCAGCCAUCAAGACAGCACCCGAGACAGAUAAUAUCAGUACCAUCAGGUGAAAUACAAACCAGUCGAUACCCAUUCCCUUCCAAGCGCGCGCGCCGCACCGACAAGAAACCCAAGCCCAUCUAUCCAUCCACUGGUCUGCAGUUCUCAAGGUGGUGGUGGUGGUGGUGCUGUUCCGUCCGGCGGUGGUAAACCACAUAAAAUCCUCUCCAGCCAAUCACGCCCUCCCACGUCAAUACGGCCCAGGGUCCCUCCUCCCCUCAGAAUUUCAAAAAACUAAAUUUGGGAAAAAGGUUUACAUCUUUUUCUUCCCUUUUAUAUAGAAGGUUUCUCGAGUCCCGUCCCGUUCCCAUUUUCUUUUUCCCCAAGUCUUCUUUUUCCCACAUGUCGUGGUUUUCCCUCGAACCCGUCCAUGUGUGAAUAUUGGGGAGCAUCGUCUAAGCGCCCUCUCAACACACACACCCCCUGUCUCGAUUUCCCCUCCUCCUACCCUACAGACUCACCUCGUCACACAUGCCAUUGCUUGGCACAGAAUCUCGAAAACGUUGCUCUCAGAGAUACACGCAAAGGCACUACUCUACAGCACAAUUGAAGAACGACCCGCUCGGUUUGCCAUAUCAUCAUCAUACGUCGUCAAAGAUUAAAUGUGAUGGUGGUGGUUCCAUGAAACAGCCACGCAAGAAACAAAACAAAAAGAUCAAAAAUACAUCGAGCUAUCCAAUACACCGAGGCUUCGCGCCAGUUCCUCUUCCCCGAAAUACGCACAAAAAAGACAAGAAAACGCCCUGGCCCGCUGAUAACCCAUUCCGUCCAUCCCAACUGCCCCGAGAAAAAAGUGACAGGCGCCACUUUCAUAUGUUGCUGUAUGAGUUAUGUUGCUAAUCAUGCCCCCUUAGCCUUGCGGCUCCUGUCUGGACCCAGCUAGGCGCUGGGCGAUGUGUCGUAUAUCACAGAAACGAAAUCAUUUUUUGCUGCGAAUUGGAACGUCAGUUCUGAGAGUCGGUCGUCGCCCCCCCAGAUGAACCUUUUCUUCACGAAAAUGCCGGGCGAAAACGAUGAAACGGACGUCCCUUCGAGUCUACACAGUGAACAAGCCAACUGAAUCCAACCUCGCCAGAUGUCCACAAUGACAAAUGGUCCAUGUCAGAAAUGAGAUGGCUCACCUGUUGGCAAACUUCAUCAGCCACUGGAGAACCGCCUCCAGAUUGGUUUCCUCCUUUGCCGAGAUGCCAUAGCACGACACCUCUCGAUGCGCAAUGUUCUUGAGAUCCAUGGCGUCGAUGAGCUCAUCCACGGUGAGCUUGUUUGGAAG